AUGAUGGAGGAGGACGAGACGAAUUGGGCCAUCUACCUGUUCCUGGUUAAAUGCAUGAUCAGCGUUUCCACCUGCCUGCUUCUUUGCUUUAUCGUGGCCUUCCAUGCCAAAGAGGUCCAGGGUCAAAGGAGGACCAAGUGGGCCAUCUACCUGUUCCUGGUUAAAUGCAUGAUCAGCGUUUCCACCUGCCUGCUUCUUUGCUUUAUUGUGGCCUUCCAUGCCAAAGAGGUCCAGCUGUUCAUGACGGACAACGGGCUCCGGGACUGGCGCGUGGCGCUGACCCGGCGGCAGGCGGCGCAGAUCGCACUGGAGCUGGCGGUGUGCGGGCUGCACCCGGCGCCCGUGCGGGGCCCGCCGUGCAUGCCGCGCGGGGCGGCGCCCACCUGGCCGGGCUUCCUGGGUCAGGAGGAGGCGCUGCUGUCGCUGGCCAUGCUGCUGCGCCUCUACCUGGUGCCCCGCGCCGUGCUCCUGCGCAGCGGCGUCCUGCUCAACGCGUCCUACCGCAGCAUCGGCGCCCUCAACCAGGUCCGCUUCCGCCACUGGUUCGUGGCCAAGCUGUACAUGAACACGCACCCGGGCCGCCUGCUGCUCGGCCUCACGCUCGGCCUGUGGCUCACCACCGCCUGGGUGCUGUCGGUGGCCGAGAGACAGGCCGUUAAUGCCACUGGCCACCUUCUGGACACGCUGUGGCUGAUCCCCAUCACCUUUCUGACCAUUGGCUAUGGGGAUGUGGUGCCAGGGACCAUGUGGGGCAAGAUUGUCUGCCUCUGCACUGGGGUCAUGGGUGUCUGCUGCACAGCCUUGCUGGUGGCCGUGGUGGCCCGGAAGCUGGAGUUUAACAAAGCAGAGAAGCACGUGCACAACUUCAUGUUGGACAUCCAGUAUGCCAAGGAGAUGAAGGAGUCGGCCGCCCGGGUGCUGCAGGAGGCCUGGAUGUUCUACAAACACACGCGCAGGAAGGACUCGGGAGCCGCCCGCAGGCACCAGCGCAGGCUGCUGGCCGCCAUCAGCACGUUCCGCCAGGUGCGGCUGAAACACCGGAAGCUCCGGGAACAGGUGAACGCCAUGGUGGACAUCUCCAAGAUGCACAUGAUCCUGUGCGACCUGCAGUCGGGCCUGAGCAGCUCUCACCGAGCCCUGGAGAAACGCAUCGAGGCGCUGGCGGGAAAGCUGGACACCCUGACCGAGCUGCUCAGCACUGCCCUGGGCCCUCGGCCGCUGCCAGAAUCCAGCCAGGAGGCCACGUAGCUGGACGUGUGGAGGAGGAACCGGGCUACUCAUCCAAGAUGAGACCAAGGGCAUCCACCCUGGCCUGCUCCUGACCCAGCCCCUCCCAUGGACAGUACACCUCAAGUGCCACACCUCAAGUGCCGGGGAUUGAAGGGACCCCGCCUCUGGGGGUGGGUGGACUCCCUGGUGGCCGCUGGAAGGACCACUGGUUGAAGGAGGGAAGCCUUGGCCCACCCCUGCAUCCCCUAAUGGGCAAUUGGGCACUGCCCCCACUACACACAUGCCCCUUCGUCAGAAUCAUGAUCACUAUGCUGCUAUAAAUGAAGGUAGAAGUGGAGGUGUCAGA